UCUCUCUCUCUCUCUCUCUAUAUGUACAUGUAUAUGUAUGGUGCCUGCAGAAGCAAAAAUCUGCGGAUGGCAUCGAGGAGUUGAGCUGCAGGGAAACGAUGAGAAACUUCAUCGUCCGAGUCUGCUUAGGAUGGUUGGCAGCAGCGAUUCUGGUGAAUGGUCAGCCAGGAUUCGUGAGCAUCGACUGUGGUAUCACUCGUGGCUAUACCGACUCCGAAACUGGAAUACUGUACCAAGUCGAUGAAGGAUACAUCGACACGGGUAGAAACGUCAGAAUCGCUGAAACGUACUUCCAGAAUCGUAAACAGGUGCAGACGUGGUUCACCGUUCGAAGCUUUCCCGACGGAACUCGCAACUGCUACACCUUUCCCGGGUUGAAGGAAGGGGACAGGUAUCUCUUAAGGGCCUCCUUCGUUCACGGCAACUACGACGACCAAGCCUUCGGGGACUCCGUCGCCCCACCGCUGCUAUUCGAUCUCUAUGUCGGUGUCAACCUCUGGCAAACCAUCAACAUCACCGAGGUGUUCACACUUUACGAGGCCGAGAUUAUUACUGCCGCCCCGUCCGACUCCCUGUCGAUAUGCCUGGCCAACAUUGGUUCGGGAACGCCGUUCAUAUCUUUGCUGGAGUUGAGGCAUAUCGACAACCACCUGGCGUACCAGGACGCGAAUCAAUCCGCUGCACUACUCUUCUACAGUCGCUACAACUUGGGAUCCCUCACCAACGACACCGUCAGGUAUCCAGAAGAUAAAUAUGAUAGGACAUGGGAUCCUUGCAACAGUUAUAUUAUUGGUUGUGAAACAUGGAAUUUUACAAGCAGUACUUUCGGCAUCAAGACCACUAGUGGUGAUGCUUAUGAGGUCCCAGGCGUGGUCAUGGGGACUGCAACUGUUGCUGCAGAUAAUUUUACAUUGCAAUAUUUCUUGUACUAUGGCCUCAAUUCGAGUGUUCAAACAACAUUCUAUAUCUAUUUGCACUUUGCUGAUUUCGACUUUUUAAGUGGGAAUGGAAGUAGAAUUUUUCAGGUGAGAGCAGACGGGGAACCCGAUAGUGACAACAUCAGUCCUGCAUAUCUACUGGCAACUCAUGUCCAUUUCAUCCAUCAGCUGGCGUACCCAGGUUUAGAAGGUUAUUUUAAUCUGACAAGGGUGGCCGGUUCCACCCUUCCCCCCAUCCUCAAUGCUGCUGAGGUUUACAUUCCUAUUAAUCUUUCAGUUUUGGCAACAGAUGCAGCCGAUGCUGAUGCUAUGAUGGGGAUAAAGAAAUUAUAUCAGAUGAAGAUAUGGCAGGGUGAUCCUUGUGCUCCGCAGCAAUUCAUUUGGAGUGGAGUAAAUUGCACCUACUCAAGCUCUGGUACCCCAAGAGUCACCUCAUUAAACCUCUCUUAUCAUGGGUUGAAUGGUGCUAUACCAAAUACUUUUGCUAAUCUGAAGGCCCUUAACUAUUUGUAAGUUUCUAAAUUUAUCGUCGGAGGCUGCUGGCUAGCAACAUCAUGCAGAGAACUUGAGAACAAUUUGUAGAUGUUGCAUGAAAUUGACUUGUUACCCUUUUACA